GGAAACUCUGUCUCUCUCUCUUCGCUGUGUAUAUAAGUAAGAUGUGGGUAGGCUUUUGAGCAGACAGAGAAAAACUAUGCUAGUGUAUUGUAGAUGUAGAGAGAUGUGUGUAGUGUAUCAUCAGCCGUAUGUGACAGAGGCAGCGGCGUGGGAUCUACAGGAUGAUUGACAGUUGCCUGUGCUGAGUCACGUAGCAGAAUGCCCGGUGUGCCCUGCGGGGCCUUGCAACACCACACUGUGCCCGUAGCCUGUGCCAUCAUCUGUUCCUUGCUGUUGAUCCUGGUCCAUUCUGCCUUUUGCCAGAAACCUGCAAAGCUGCCUCUGGUGGGCCGCAAGCCUUUCCUGGCAGCCUGGAAUGCUCCGCUGGAUAUGUGUACAUUGAAGUACAAUAUCAACGUCAGCCUUGAUAUUUUCCACAUCAGCGGCAGUCCACGAGCCGUCCACACGGGCCAGAAUGUCACCAUCUUUUAUGCCAACCGCCUGGGUUACUACCCUUUCUACAAUGAGCAAGGGGUUCCCAUCAACGGAGGCCUACCUCAGAACAACAGUCUUGAAGCACAUUUUCACAAAGCCCGAAAAGACAUAACGCACUUCAUCCCUUCGGAAGACUUCCGUGGACUGGCCGUGAUCGACUGGGAGUUCUGGAGGCCACAGUGGAGUCGUAACUGGCACAAGAAAGACAUUUACCGACAGCAAUCCCGCGAGCUGAUCAAACAGGCUUACCUUAAUGUGACCGACGAACAGGUGGAGGAACUGGCACGCUUGCGCUUCGAGAAGAGCGCCAUGGAGUUCAUGCAGGGCACGCUACAGCUCGCUACACAAACUCGUCCGCAUGGUCUUUGGGGUUUAUAUCUCUACCCUGACUGUCACAAUUACAAUGUACAUGCACACAACUACAGCGGCACAUGCCCCCUACAAGAGAGCCACCGUAAUGACCAGCUGUUUUGGCUGUGGAACAGCAGCACUGCCCUUUUCCCAGCCCUCGCUAUACGCAAGAGCCACACAGACAGCAUUCACAACCUGCACUUCUCGCAGAACAGGGUACUGGAGUCACUGCGACUGGCCUCCCUUACCUCAUUGCCCUAUGAACUGCCUACAUACGUAUACACACGCCUGGGGUACAGAGACGAGGCCAUGGCUUUUCUGACUCAGAAUGACUUGAUACAUACGAUAGGAGAAAGCGCUGCUUUGGGAGCUGCAGGAUUUGUCAUUUGGGGGGAUCUUAACCUCACUUCCUCAAGGCACAACUGUUCCAAAGUCAAGGCAUUUCUGAACUACAGACUGGGUCAGUACAUUACCAACGUUACCCGGGCAGCAGAAGUCUGUAGCGACUUCCUGUGUCAGUCCAACGGCCGCUGUGUCCGUCGAGACCCACAGGCACCACACUACCUGCACUUGAGCCGCGGCAGCUAUCGGAUCCUGUCCAACCGAAACGGCACCUUCACCGUGACCGGAUGGCACUCUCAGCACGAGCUCCAGCUGCUCGCCGACAGGUUCCACUGUCACUGUUACCAGGGGUACGAGGGAGACCGCUGCGAUAGCAUAGAGCCCGAGGAGACCGAAGAGGACAACAUGAUAAAAGAGGACGUGGACGAGGAGAAUAAGAACGAACCAGAGGAGGUCCACAAAGACAUAAGGGAUACUGCUGUGCCUUUACAAAAUGCCUUCAUCCUCACUGCUCUACUCCUUUUGUUGAACUUCAGUUGUAUUUAGAGGUGAAGUGUGUAAU